AUAUAAACCCCUCUUCGUCUCCUCUCUCUCUGCUCGAAACAGAUCCUUCGCUUCUCUAAAACUUGUCUCAAACUUACAAAGCCAUGGCAUCAUCAAGACCCAUCGUCGUUUUGCUCAUCCUCGCUCUCAUAGCUUCUUCAGCUAUAGCUCAAGCUCCAGGACCAGCACCAACAAGAUCUCCUCUUCCAUCAUCAACUCCACAACCACCUGCUCAAGCUCCAAGAACCGCCACAUCAGCACCAACUCCUUCACCAAUCACCACAACUCCUCCACCAACCGCCACUCCCACGGCAGUUCCGACUUCUCCUCCGGCUGGUUCACCACUCGCCACCUCUGCUUCACCACCCGCUCCUCUUACAUCUCUCACUCCUGAUGGAGCUCCAAACGCUGGUCCAGCCGGAUCCACUCCCGUCGAUAACAACAACGCCGCCGCCGUUGCUGUGUCCGCCGGUUCUUUAGUCGGAUUUGUUGUAUUCGUCGCUUCUUUGGUGGUGUAAUUUGUUUAUUUUAGAAAACCUGAGAUAGUUUUUAUUUUCUUUCAAUUAAUGAUUUUUUUUGUUCGUGUUUAGUUUUUGGUUUAUGUAUUAAGAAUUGAGUUUACCGUUGGACGAUAUUAGAUACUCGAUUUGUGUUUUUCAUUAGUCGUUUUAAAAUAUUAUUAUCAUUUGUGUCUUACUAUUAUAUAUCUCCAGUUAAACACUUCGUGUUA